AUGAGCCAGCUCGGAGGUUCGGGCGCGGCCCCGAUGGGGGGCGCCCGCGUGCACGCGGGGGCGGCGGGGGGCCAGUCGUUCGCGACGCACUCAGCGCAGGACAACCGUGGUUUUCUGGUGAUGCUCAUCAUAGUGAUGCUGCUCACGAUGCUGCCGCCGGCGCUUCUGAUGUGGAUCCUGCUGCUCUUCCUGAUCAGCAUGCCGUGCCUGCGCGUCGCGCUGCACCGGCACAUGAUCAACGAGAUGCAGAACAGGGCCGCCGCCCAGCAGGCGGCGAUCAACUCGGGCAACCUGCGGCUCGCGAGGCAGGCCGAAACUCCCGCAGAGCGCCACCGGCGGAUGCAGCGCCUCAGGCGGGCGUUCCAGCAGGCUGACAUCCACAUCCAGCCCAGCGACCUCGAAAUGAUCAUCGCGCUGGACCAGCUCCAGCAGUCCCUGGACCAGCACGAGCAGGAACAGCAGGACGCUCUGGACCAGGAGGUCGCGCAGGAAGUCGUCUCGGCGCUGCAGACGCGCAAGUGGACGGCCAGCGACGUGAAGACGGCGCGCGGCUCCUCCGACCUCGAAGCAGGCGAGGGGGGCGCCUCCAGCGACGACUCCGAGGGACCCUGCUGCGCCAUCUGCCUGGACGACCUAGAGGCAGGGCAGGACGUGUCGACGCUCAAGUGUGGACACCACUACCACCAGCCGUGCAUCGAGCGCUGGGUGCGGUGCCAGGGCGCGCGUGCUUCCUGCCCACAGUGCAAGGCCGUGCUGUCCGAACGCAUCGCGCAGCGCCUGCGGGAGGCGGGCGUGCAGGACAGCACGACGACCGGGGACGCGAGCACCAGCAGCGGCGCGGGGCCGUCCUCGGCGCCGGGCGCUCGGCCCGGCCAUGCCAGGCGCCAGCGCUGGACGUUCGGCAACCGCAACGGCGCGCGAAUCGUCAGCAUCGCGGUCGGGGCGCCCAGGGACGACCAGGGCGCCGGGGGUGCGGAGGCGGAGGAGUCGCGGAGUCGCCCACGAGGUGCGGAGACAGCGCGCCGCACGCGGUGGCUGCCGUGGCCGAUGCGGCGGCCGGUGGCGCGCGACGCGGAGCGGGAGGCGCCGGAGGCGCGGCAGGAGCAGUCGCCGCUGGUGGAGCGGGGCGCGGAGGGCGGCAGCGCCGAGGUCUGA